UGUAAAAUGAAAAGAGUGGAGGGAAGAAAUAGAGAGUAUAAGGAAAAAGAAAGAUCAACAAGAAACCAUAGAAAGCGAAGGAACAAUAUUAGAAACAAGCAAGAAAUGGCACAUAAUAAAGGAACGGUGGAAGCAGGCAGCAGAGAUAGUUAUCCCAAGGAAAACCCUGAAAUCAGAAGUGCAGGAGUUCAGCAAAAGGAUAAAAACAGCACAGUUCACAGUGUUUAG